UUGCUAUACACUGUUUUGCUUGUUGAAACAUACACAGAUAAUCAGACAUAUUAAAUCUGCCUUUGUGUAAACGGGUGCGGUGUUACUUUAGUUUAGUUGCCAGAAAAAUUAAAUACUACAGAAAAAGCUCAUUUUGUGGUGAAAGGUGUGAUAAUUCACCAUUUCACCAUGAGCUACAUGCAAACCAAUCAAAAUAGAAUCAUGUCACACAGUAAUUAUCAAAGUGGUCCUGGUGACUUACCAAUGGGGUCUGCCAAGGAGCAAACACUUAUGUGGCAACAAAAUUCGUAUAUGGCGGAUUCAGGUAUUCAUUCUGGAGCUGCUACGCAAGCACCAUCCUUGAGUGGUAAAGAUGAUGAAGAAAUGGAUCUGUUUGACCUGGACCAAGGAUUUCCUCCUCAAUUUACUCAAGAGCAGGUUGAUGAAAUGAACAAUCAACUGAAUCAAACAAGAUCUCAGAGGGUGCGAGCUGCAAUGUUUCCUGAAACUCUCGAGGAAGGAAUUGAAAUUCCUUCGACUCAGUUUGAUCCUCAGCAUCAGACAGCUGUGCAGCGUUUAGCAGAACCCAGUCAGAUGCUUAAACAUGCAGUUGUUAAUCUUAUAAAUUAUCAGGAUGAUGCUGACUUAGCAACUAGAGCUAUUCCAGAAUUGAUUAAGCUUUUGAAUGACGAAGAUCAGGUUGUUGUCUCUCAAGCAGCUAUGAUGGUACAUCAGUUGUCAAAGAAAGAAGCUUCAAGACAUGCUAUAAUGAAUAGUCCCCAAAUGGUUGCUGCUUUGGUUAGAGCUAUUUCCAACUCUAAUGAUUUAGAAACCACCAAAGGAGCAGUUGGUACUUUGCAUAAAUUAUCACAUCAUCGUCAAGGGCUGUUGGCUAUCUUUAAAAGUGGUGGCAUACCAGCUUUAGUUAAGCUUCUUAGUUCACCAGUUGAAAGUGUUCUAUUUUAUGCCAUCACAACUUUACACAAUCUUUUGUUGCAUCAAGAUGGUUCAAAAAUGGCUGUGAGACUGGCUGGUGGUCUACAGAAAAUGGUUGCACUUCUACAGAGAAAUAAUGUUAAAUUCCUUACAAUUGUGGCUGAUUGCUUGCAAAUUUUGGCUUAUGGAAACCAAGAGAGCAAGUUGAUUAUUCUGGCAUCACAAGGCCCAAUUGAAUUGGUGAGGAUAAUGCGAUCCUAUGAUUAUGAAAAGUUGUUGUGGACCACAUCCAGAGUUUUGAAGGUUUUGUCUGUUUGCUCAAGCAACAAACCUGCCAUUGUUGAAGCAGGUGGAAUGCAAGCACUUGCUAUGCACCUGGGAAACCCCAGUCAACGCUUAGUUCAAAAUUGUCUCUGGACUCUGCGUAACUUAUCAGAUGCUGCCACGAAAGUUGAUGGACUUGAAGGUUUACUUCAGUCUUUAGUCUCAGUUCUCGCUUCUUCGGACGUAAACGUAGUCACUUGCGCUGCUGGAAUAUUGUCUAACUUAACAUGUAAUAACCAACGUAAUAAGGUUACAGUGUGUCAAGUAGGGGGAGUAGAUGCUCUUGUUCGCACCAUUGUAAACGCUGGUGACAGAGAGGAGAUUACAGAGCCUGCAGUGUGUGCUUUGCGACACCUGACCUCGCGACACGUCGAGGCUGAAAUGGCACAGAAUGCGGUACGAUUGAAUUAUGGAAUUCAAGUAAUUGUAAAACUUUUGAAUCCUCCUUCACGUUGGCCUCUUGUAAAAGCCGUUAUUGGAUUAAUUAGAAACUUGGCUCUCUGUCCCGCCAAUCACGCACCGUUACGUGAACAUGGUGCUAUACAUCACCUUGUGCAGUUGCUCAUGAGAGCUUAUCAAGAUACACAGCGGAGAGCAAGUGUUGCUAGCGCAGGUAGUCAACAACCAGGAGCUUACGCGGAUGGGGUACGAAUGGAGGAAAUUGUGGAGGGUACUGUAGGUGCUUUGCACAUUUUAGCAAAAGAAUCGCACAAUCGCGCCAUCAUCAGACAGCAGAUGGUUAUACCAAUAUUCGUUCAGUUACUUUUCAAUGAUAUAGAGAAUAUACAACGGGUUGCAGCUGGUGUAUUAUGUGAAUUAGCAGCCGAUAAAGAGGGCGCUGAAAUGAUAGAACAAGAGGGGGCCACGGCGCCCCUUACCGAUCUGCUGCAUUCCAGGAAUGAAGGUGUAGCAACGUAUGCUGCAGCUGUAUUAUUCCGUAUGAGUGAAGAUAAACCUCAAGACUAUAAGAAACGUCUCUCAAUGGAGUUAACCAAUUCCUUAUUUAGAGAAGAGAACCUGUGGAAUGCAGACCUGGGCAUGGGACCAGAUUUGCAGGACAUUUUGAGUCCCGAUCAAGCUUACGAUGGCAUGUAUGGCCAGGGACCACCUAGCAUUCACAGUAGCCAUGGCGGUAGAGCCUAUCAACAACAAGGGUAUGACCAGAUACCAAUAGACAUGCAAGGGCUUGACAUCGGGUCACCUGGGGGAGGCAAUGGUUCAACCUAUAGUGCCAUAGACGCAAUGGAGGUCGGUAGUGCAGAGCCCGAUUUAAAUUUCGACCCCAUGAACGAACUUCCUAAUCCACCCCAGGAUAACAACCAGGUUGCAGCUUGGUAUGACACCGAUUUGUAGAAUGUGUGUUUUGAUCAUUCUCAUUCAUUACCCAUCAAAUAAACCUUUACACCUC